AGAGAUUCAAUCUUCAUACCCCAAAAAUUCCUUUAGAAGAAAGGUUAAAAAAGAAAAAAUCCCUAAAAUAAAAAAUGCAAUCAAUAAAUUUCAAUAUCACAACCGAUUUCAACGCGGUCAGGAAACCGACGUGGCCGAGUCGACUCGGCAGUGGACUCGGCCACUGCCAUGGCGAUUUCGAGAGAAGGCAAAGGUUGAAUUGCAGACAUGAUAGCGAUUAUUCUUCGAGGUUUUGUAGGAUUGUAGCUUGUGCUUCGGAGAGCCAGAGUCCAGGUGGUUCUAAUCCGGGUUCGGUUAGUGGGUCGGGUUCUGGACCUGGGUCAAGCCAGGGUUCAUUUCUUUCCCCGGGCCAAACUUAUGCUCUGUUGAAGCAACAAAUGGAAGUCGCCGCAAAAUCUGAGGAUUACGAGGAAGCAGCAAGGCUGCGGGACUCAUUGAAGACUUUUGAGGAUCAGGAGCCAGUUUUGCGGCUUAAAAGAUUAUUGAAAGAAGCCAUUGACAAUGAGAGGUUUGAGGAUGCAGCUCGGUAUCAUGAUGAGCUGAAGGAAAUUGCCCCACAUUCUCUCUUGAAUUGUUCAAGCGAUGCUACAACCUCGGGCAUAAGGGUCCAAGUUAGGAGUGUCUACAUAGAAGGCCGAAGUCAGCCUUCAAAAGGCCUGUAUUUCUUUGCAUAUAGAAUAAGAAUCACCAAUAAUUCAGAACGCCCUGUUCAACUUCUUAGAAGGCACUGGAUCAUCACUGAUGCCAAUGGGAGAACUGAACAUGUCUGGGGAAUUGGAGUUAUUGGCGAACAACCAGUUAUAUUACCUAAUACUGGUUUUGAGUAUUCAUCUGCAUGCCCAUUGGGCACGUCGAGUGGGAGGAUGGAGGGGGACUUCGAGAUAAAGCAUGUUGAUAAAGUAGGCUCAAGGACAUUUAAUGUGGCUAUUGCACCCUUUUCUCUCUCCACAUUUGAAGAUGGUGGAUAUAGUUUUUGAGACGAGAACUGAGAGAGAGACAGCACUGAGAUUUAGUUGAAGAUGCAUCAAUUAGGAAAUGCACCAUGUUUUAGUAAAUUUGUAGACAGAGAAUUUGUAGAGUAACUUGUAGGACAUAGCCUUGUAUCCACAAACAAUGCAAGAAUUUAUGUUCAGGUCUCCGAGACUUUGGUUCGUUUGCUGCUGUCUGGUGAAUAGAAACAACUCUCACAUACAAUUGUACAUGCCUUUUGUACCUGCAUUGUAUACUCACAUUGGAUUAUUUUUAAGUGCCAAUUUUUUGAACU